AUGUUUAUCAAGGCUGCCACAGACGAGUACUUGGGCCGAAUCAACCUGAUGCCUGCGACCCAGUCCGGCUCUUCCGUGGAGCUCAAAUACUCCUUUGUCGAUGCGGAGACGCAGGAGGAGGUGUCCCUCCCGCGUGUGAACCUCACUUUCUACGCCCUCAAUGUGGCCACACAGCAGGUGAUCUCCGCCAGUGGUUACAAGAAGACCUAUGCCUCAGAGGGCAUCUUCAAGAAGGACUAUUCGGACCACGGCGUCUCAUUCUCCUCCGGGAAUCCUUGCACUGGGCCCCUCGGGAGUGAGGAGUGCAAACUCACUUUCUACUACACCCAGGCCUCGGAGAUCCGGGUGACCCUUUCAGCGCCUGGAGUAAGAGGCUUCGGGCACCUCUUCUACUUCUCCGGCUCGUUCUGCAACUCGAUGGCGAUUCCGUCGGCGAAGUGCUACGACGAUGUUUGCCCUGAAGGCUACACCAUCAAGCCAGGAGCGCUUGGCAUGUCCUGCGUCACAGAGGUGUGCGACACGAGCGAGUGCUGUGAUAUGAAGCCAAAUUCAGUGACGUAUCCCCUCGUGCAAUCUUGCCACGGGAUGGAGCGAACGUGGCGAAAAUGCCCGAACCUCCCCGAGUGCCACGAAUGCUAUCCGAUCGACUGUGUGUUCCACCCGUGGACCGAGUGGGUGAGUGUCGGCGGCUGCUCUGGACUUUGUGAGCGCACGAGGUACCCUGGCCACAACAACGAGUGUGGGAAUCCUUGCUCGGGACACACCAAGGAGACCGUGGUGCGCCUGGACGACCCUCUGUGCUACCCGCCUUCCUGCAUCGAGCGCGAUCGGGACUGCGUCUGGGGCGCUUGGGAAGAGUGGAGCUCCUGUAAGCACCUCGAUGAGUGCUCGGUCUGCCAACUCUCUCAGAGAUAUCGGUCGAGGCAGAUUCUGGUGGACGCCACGGGGCUGGGAUCUCCUUGCAUAGGUGCUUGGAACGAAACCCGGCCCUGCCAAGCCUCCCAUGCCAUCGACUGCGAACUCUCCGAAUGGGCAGAGUGGACCUGCUGCAGCAAGAGCUGCGGAACCGGGUGGCAGGCAAGGAUGCGGCGUGUCGUCCAAGAGGCGAUGUUUGGAGGGCGUCCUUGUGCCCCAGAAUAUCUCGACGACCAUGGCCUCGUUGUACGUCAGACGCAGCCGUGCAAUCAGGACUCUUGCGACAGCCCCGUGCCUUGCGUGCUCUCGGACUGGAGCUCCUGGGAAGGGUGCAGCCAUAUGUCGCCGUACCAAAAAUUCCGCUUCCGCGAUGUGCUGCAGACAGAAAUGAACGGCGGCAAGGUCUGCGAUGUCGACCUCAAUCAGACAGCUGGCUGCCCUGAGCCGCCCUGGGACUUGCCCAAGCCCAGCUGUGAGAUGAGCAUGUGGUCCGAGUGGACAGAUUGCUCUGCCACCUGCGGCGGUCAGAAGCAUCGGAGCAGGAGCAUUCUCGGUGAAGGCCUCUGCGUCCUCGGCGGCCAAGCAAGCCGUGUAGGAGCCAUCCUCAGCGAGACGGAGGGAUGCGGGCAUCGCGAAUGCAACCAUGGGAGCUGUCGGCUGUCACUGUGGACGGAAUGGUCGCCGUGCACAUCUGAGUGCGGCAUCGGGGCGACCCAGCGCAACAGGAAGAUCCUGGAGAUCGGAGACACGCUCGGCUGCAAUACGGCCCUGGAGGAGGUCAAGGCCUGCGAGGACAGGCAGUGCGAAGGCAUCGACUGCGUGUGGGGCACGUGGGAGGAGUGGAGUGCUUGCACUUGCACCUGCGGCGGUGGCAUCAAGCGCCGGAAUCGUGUAAUCGCAGUUUCUCCACGAAACGGAGGUCGCCUCUGUGCGGCCCACGACAAGUACGAGGUCUCGCCCUGCAACACGCAGAGCUGUGACGAGUGCAUCGAUGGCCAGUGGAGCAUGUGGGGUCAAUGGGGCCAGUGUUCCAGUCACUGUCUUCCAGCCUACAGGGUGCGGCACCGCAACGUCGAGCAGCACCCCAACAGCUGCGGUAAGCCCGCCACAGGCGUCGAGGACGACUAUCAGCUCUGUGACACCCUAGGCAUGUCCAGCUGUGUGCCCAACGUCGACUGCCGGCUUUCCAGCUGGGGCACGUGGUCAGACUGCAGCUGCAAAUGCUUCGGAGUUCAAGAACGACAGCGCAACGUCGCGCAGUUCGCCCGAGGCUCGGGCGACAGCUGCCUCACGACAUCGCUGAAAGAGGUCCGAGCGUGUAACCCUGGAGUUGGCCAAGAUCCGCCCUACACUUGCAAGCCGGAAGAUCCGAAGACCUGCGUCAUUGCCAGCUGGGAGCAGUGGACGGAAUGUUCCCGAACGUGUGGUGGCGGACACAGGAGUCGCGUCCGCCACAUUUUGAGCCCGGCUGCCAACGGCGGAGCGGCUUGCAACGACUCCCUGGCCAUGAUGGAGCCUUGCGCGGAGGAGCCGUGCGGCCACGAAGUCUGUAUCGACUGCCUCUGGGAGGCGUGGUCCGAGUGGGGCGCCUGCACACAGUGCGGAAACCAACGCUUCAGACAUCGCAAUAUCGCUCGGGUUCCCAACCACUGUGGCAAGCCGUGUGAUGCCAAGGCUGCAAAGGAGUUGGGCGAGUGCGAGAGCCAUUGCGACAAGAAGUACUACUGCGUGUGGUCGGAAUGGGAGCCCAUGGGCAGCUGCUCUCGGACUUGUGGGUCGGGCACUCGCAUGCGCCAGCGACAGCUCACACUGGAGCCUGACAAGCCCUUUGAGGACCGCCUGUUCUUCGAGACGACCGUAGACAGCUCCUGCAGUGGCUCGCAGAUUUUCACGGAGACCUGUGAGCUGCCGAGCUGCGAAGCCUGCAUCCCGGAGGAUUGCAUCUUCAACGAAUGGUCCGACUGGUCUGGACCUACGUGCACCCAGCUCUGCGAGCGGCACCGCACCGUCAACCAGGAGAGCAGCUGUGGCGGCAAGUUGUGCCAGGGACCACUUAUGGAGACCAAGAGGUGCCCACACCACUGCAACAAGCCCGUAGACUGCGUCUUCGGAGACUGGAGUGACUGGAGGGGCGAUUGUCUCGGAGCACAGGACCAAAGAUACAUGCUCCGAGCCAUCGAGCAGCCGGCAGUCAAUGGUGGUGCACAGUGCGAGGGAGCCACAAAAAAGACCUCGCCUUGUGGUGGUGACCACCGGAAUUGCAAGAUCGGCGUUUGGGCAGCAUGGUCAACAUGCACGGCCUCCUGUGACGGCGGCGUCAUGACGAGGUCCCGGGAGAUUGACAAGCCGGCCCGAGGGGGUGGCACUCCCUGCCACGACUGGCUCUCCGAAGCAGUGGAGUGCAACACGCACCCCUGUCAUAGUGGGGCGCGAGACUGCAUUCUGGGGCAGUGGAAUGCUUGGACAUCCUGUCAAGAUGGUCCGAUGAAGUUCCGCUACCGGCGCAUCACGCAACAACCGGCCAACACGGGUCUGCCUUGUGUGGGAUCCCUGCGCGAGGUUGUCAGCUGCAUGGCCCGGGUGGAUUGCGAGGUCUCCUCGUGGACGGAGUGGGACCAGUGUGACAAGACUUGCGGCGGCGGUCAGCAGAUGCGCCACCGUCAGGUCACGAAGAAUCCGACAAACGGCGGCAAGCCGUGCCCCAUGACCCUCAUCGAGACGCAAGGCUGUGCCUUGGCACCGUGCCGAAAGCGGGAUUGCACGGUCUAUGAGUGGAGCGAAUGGUCCGGCUGCAGUUCCUCCUGCGGCGUUGGUUACCGGACGCGGGAGCGGGACUUUAGUCAGCGACCCUGCGAGGGCGGGCGUGGCUGUGAUUUGGAUCUCUCCAUGGUGGAGCCCUGCUAUUCGCCGGACUGCGACUGCACAGACUGCCUUUGGGACCACUGGUCAGAGUGGACGAUCUGUGACAAGUCCUGCGACGGAGGGCAAACGAGCCGCUCCAGGAAGAUCCUGCAGAAGCCGAAGCCGGGAUGCAAGUCCUGCGAUGCGCUCCCGAGCUCCCAGGUGAAGCCUUGCAACACGCAGUCCUGCAGCCAUCAUGUUUGCAUCGAUGGCCGGUGGGGCGACUGGAGCGAAUGGAGUGUUUGCUCAGCGACCUGCGAGGGCGGGGAGACAUGGAGGCAUCGGCACAUCGCUGUGGAGGCGAACGACUGUGGCCUUCCAGCUACCGGCUAUGGCUCGGAAGCCAAGCUCUGCAAUGAGCAUGUGCACUGCAUCCCCAGCGUCGACUGCGUGUUUUCGUCUUGGAGAUCCUGGAGUGAUUGUAGCGGCCAAUGUGAAGGCGUGCGCGAGCGCGAGCGGACGAUUGCCGUUCCGGGCAAGGGAGCCGGCCUUUAUUGCGCCGGGCCAAUGAAGCAGACGGCGCCGUGCCACAAUGGGGGCGGCCUCCUCGACACAACGGAUCCGACCUGCUACCUCGACAUGACCCAUCUUCGAGGUCUUGCGGACCCAGGCAUGUCGCAGACGAUGCGCUUCCGCAGUGUGGCAGAGUUGCCCACGGCAAGCUGCCCGUUCCCGUCCGACAGCUGCCCCGGGAAGUGGGUCGAUUUGGAAGUGUCGCCCGGCUCCCCGUACCAGACCUGCAUUACCGACGACAAAAGCUAUGACGGCAGCGGCUUCGGCGAAAUCAGCAUCGCCGGAGGCUCGGCAGUGAUCUUCAAGUUCUCCCUGGUGGAUCCGGUGACGCAUGAGCUGGUGCAUGCCCCCAAGCUCAUGCUGAAAUUCUACGGCCUUACUGUGGGUGCCGCUAGCGAAGCAGGCAUGUCAAUCUUCGCCACCGGCUACGAGGACUACUUCUUGAGCCAGCAUUCCACGAUCGCCGUAGCCGCCGGUGAGGGUGGCGGAACCUUCGCGGCCGGCGAUUCUGGACCCGAUUCCAUGAAGCUGCCGGAAUCGCCGACCACCGCCGACGACGACGAUGAUAGCAGGGCGGUGUCGCUUCUCUUUAUCGAGGCGUCCUCGGUGGAAGUUCGACUCAAGGUCGAAGAGUCGGGAGGAGAGACCUGCCGGCGCUUCCUCUUCUCCAUGAAGGGCUGCUUCGGUACAGGCAGCUGCUGCGAGGUGGAUCCGUGCCACCUCUACAACAAGCCCGCGGUGGAUUGCAUCCUCUCUGACUGGAGCGAGUGGGGCGAGUGCGACGCUGCGUGUGGCACUGGUCAGCAGGUGAAGGAGCGGACGAUCAUUCAGCCACCGUCGAAGGGCGGCUUUGGUUGCUCUGCAGCGCUGUCAAUCACACGGCAGUGCGCCAACCAGCCCUGCCACGACGAAUGCAUUCCGACGGACUGCCUUUGGACCGACUGGAGCGAGUGGGGGGCUUGCAAUCAGUGUGGCGGCGAGCGCCAGCGAGUCCGGCAUAUCUCCCAGCAUCCGGCCUGUGGUGGGCAGCCUUGCCAUCACGGCAACGCCGUGGAAGUGGCAAAAUGCCCGCGGACCUGUACGGACAAGACGUACUGUAUCUGGGACAGCUGGUCUGAAUACGGCCCGUGCACGGCGACCUGCGGCGCAGGCCAGCAGUCCCGCACGAGGCGGUUACAUCCGACCACCCAGGCACCCGGCUCCGAUGAUGGUCUGGGUUCGGAGUCUUACUCCGACGUCUCCGACCUUCCCGUAGACUUGGGAACCUACGACGAUAGCUCUUCCUAUGUGGACGGGGCGUCCUACGCGGACGCAACUCCCUACGUCGCCGGCGUGUCCGACGCGGACAGCGUGUCCUACUCCGAUGGAGCGUCCGACUCUGCCCGGACGUCCUACCUGGAUGGAUCGACGAAGGGCUACUCGUCCAUGGAUAGCUUCUCCUCGCUGCCGCUCGAGCACGCUGAUCUCUUAGAUGGAUCGGAGCUGGAGAAGAAGUUCGAGGAGCUGAAGUUAAGAACGCAGAGCAUGGAGAAGGGCAGGAGCAAGGUCCUUGCCCUGGCAUUUGGCGCGGGCGCCGCCACGCUCUGCGCCGCCGCGGCGGUCAUGCGCGUUUUCGUCAAGAAGUGA